AUGGGUACCGACAAGAGAAAGUACGCGCACCGUUUGCGCACGUUGGCGCGCGAGGCCGCGAUGCCGCAGUGCUGUCUGUACAAGCCUGCCGACGAGCGCACCCCGACAGCGACCAUUGACGGCAUCGAGAUGGCUUCACAGCCUCUCUCGCCCAAUACCUUGACGGCGCUCACGACCAAGUACGCUGGCCGCGUCCCGACCGACGACGUCAUCCUCCGCGAUGUCUACGCCACCGCCGACUACGUGGAGGAUUCCUGCCUCCUCGGGCGACUCGGCAUUGGGCAUGCGUGCAACGAGUACGGCCUCAUGUUCGAGAUGACGCUGGCGCAUUUUGCAAUCGACUUGACCGGCGACGCAUCGACGUUGACGCCAACAACGGAGCCACCGCCCCAUACCUUUGCGACGGUCGUGUACUUUUUUCCAUCCACCUGCGUCGGCGGCGCCGUCACGAUCGCACACGGCCACCGAACAACGACGUUCGAGGCGCUCGACGGGUGUUUUCUCUCGUUCUACAGCACGUGUGACGUGACGGUCGCGCCCAUCACGUCCGGACACCGGUCUUUCGCCGUGUACUACGCCGCGUACAUCUUGGACGACUAUGACUCGGACCAUAGCUACGGGCCCACGCCCAAGUUUGCGCCGCCGCCACUGCCGUCGAUCCAAGAGCUCCAGAGUGCUGCUCACCACUUUGAUCCUCAAGACUACAAUGGCGUCGCGAUCGGGCUCGAGACGCGCAGCUUGACGCCGACGUUUGAUUCGCUCACGGGGCAUGACAAGGCGGUCGUCGACCGGCUACUCGCAGCCGACGUCUUUGACAUUGCACUUGUGCGGGCGGGCGACAACGGCAACAACAAAGACAUUCUGUCGCUGCCGGAGUCGUUUCAUCCGCUAUGUGAGACCCCGGCGUUCGUCCAAGAGGUCUACCACCAGACGCCAAUCCACGAGGUUGCCGCCGACCUCGACAAGAUCAAGUCGCCCGGCUGCUGUCUGCUCGUGUGGCCCAAGGCGAAUCGCGUGCGCAUGUUGGGUUACAACCGCACGGUUGGGCUCUUGCGCGCCAAUGUGGACGGUGACGUCGUCGACGACCUCGGCUACAGGUCGCUCCACAGCAUCUUUGAAGCGGCUUUUCGCUUCUUCUAUCCGCAGCCCCGAAACAUGGACGUUCACGACCAGUGGGCCGACGACGAGACCAUGGCCAACUGGAUUGUCACGGUGCUUCGACGCUUUGGCGCGGCCCGUUUCCAGCACCGACUCCGAAAGGCCGACGUCUCGAUCUCUUUUGUGGCUCAAUUGGUGCAUCUCGCGACGGCCGGCGACAAGCUCGCGCAGACGAUCGCAUGCGACUGCAUCCCAGUGUGGUGGCCUAGCUUGCUGUACCAGCUCUCGGCGACCGACUGCGCUGGGAAGAAGAAAGGGCUGUGUUAUGUGUUUGACAUUGAAACGUACCUGCUCGAGCACCCGAUUCACGUGGCGGCGUCGACGCUCCUCCGCGGUCGGCACUUGCCCGAUGUUCUCGUGCGCAAGGUAGCGGCGUAUCUCACGCCGCCGCUCGCGUCGCUGCUGGAGACUGUCCGAACUGACAAGUGCCUCAUGAGCAGCCUUCCGGCCGUCGUGUGGUCGCGGCAAGACUCGCUGUGUAGCGAGCGCCUCGCAAAGUGCAUUGAUUUCGCUGUCGAGUAUCUGCGCUCGGGCGCCGAGCGCGCUAGCUGCUACAAGGGUCACGUGCUGUAUCUGGCGCUGCUGACAGCCGGGACACCAGCCUUUGCCGACGUCGACGCCGACAUGCAAACGUGGCGACACUGCUUUGAUUGCAAGGGCGAGUGCACUGGCGUCGACAAGAGGUCAUCGUCGACGGCGAUGGACAUGCCCUUCUUGGAAGAGUACAUGCGCGAAGACGACGAAGAGAUUUGAAUAAGAGCGUCGUGUCUUCUGCACAACACCACCCUAUGGAAUCUCUAAUAACAUGCAAGUGCCGGACGUAGUCUUACAAUGAGACGGGC